GUGGAGACAACAUGUCUCUCUGGGCUUCUUCUGACCAGUCUGUGAGAGAGAAGGUCAGGCACCAGAGGUCUAGAUGGCGCUGAUGGUCUCAAGUCUCCUGGGUCACUACAGAAGAAGAACUGAAAACGUUCAGCGAUGAUGCUGAGCAGCGUGCCCACCUCAGCCUCACACUGGGCCAACUCUGCCGGUGAAGGCUCCAGGUUUGCCGUGGGCUCUGAUCCAUCAGGGUCAAAGUUCAUGCGGUCAGUCAUCUCCCUGUCACUGACUGAUCCCGUGUCCAGGCUGUCACAUCUGACCAGACAGGACUCCUUUAGGAAAAAGAUCUCCAUGGAGACUCCAGAGCCUGGUCCAGCAGAUGGAGAGGAGCGUCCAGUGGAGCUGAGACCUCGCACCCGUUCUAACCCUGAAGGAGCUGAGGAUCGCCGCAGCAGCACCGGCAGCCUGGGCAGCACCAGUAACACAAACGUAUCUCAGCCGGCGGUUGGCAGUCGUGUGGAGGGCGAGGGCGAGGCGUCCACCAGUGACAGUCCUCCGAGCUCCACCACCGCCACUGUUUCAACGGCUGCAGCUCAGACAGCAGUUCCUGCUACUGCUGUGGUAGCUGCUGCUGCUGCGGGUGCUGCUGGUGCUGGUGCUGCGUCUCUGUCCACGCCAGCUGUCGCAGUCAAAGAAAGGCCAAAGUCCACACAGCAGCAGCCCACACUGCAGCAGCCCACACUGCCCGUCUGUGUCCCCCCGCCAGCAGAGUACCAGCUCAGAGUCCCUCGUGUCAACUGUCCAGAGAAAGUGAUUAUCUGUUUGGACCUUUCUGAAGAAAUGUCUUUGCCAAAGUUAGAGUCUUUUAACGGGUCUAAAACCAACGCCCUCAACAUUUCUCAGAAGAUGAUUGAAAUGUUUGUCAGAACAAAACAUAAGAUUGACAAACGACAUGAGUUCGCCCUGGUUGUUGUCAACGAUGAUGCAUUGUGGCUGUCAGGUUUCACAUCUGAUCCCAGGGAGCUGUGCAGUUGUCUCUAUGAUCUGGAAACCAACGUGUGUGAAUCCUUCAACCUCGAAGAUCUUCUUAAUGUAAUACGGCAGAAGAUUGAACUGCCGUUGACGGAGAAUGUUCAGACCAUCCCUCCUUCUUAUGUGGUGCGGACCGUGCUGGUCUACAGCAGAAAUGCAGGACAGCUUCAGUUCAACCCUUCUGAAGCUGUUAGUAAAAUGCUGCAGUCUCCGUAUUUUUUCUUUGACGUCGUCUAUUUGCACAACGGUGUGGAGGAGCAGGGAGAUGAGACGAGCUGGAGGGACAAUUACACUUCCUUCUGUAACCUGGACUCUAAGGGCAUGUGUUAUCGCUUCGAGGUUUCCUUGAGUGGACCUGCCAUCGAGCUGCACAACUGCAUGGCCAAACUUCUGGCUCAUCCUUUACAGAGACCUUUCCAGAGUCACGCGUCCUAUAGCCUGCUGGAGGGCGACGAGCCCCAGGACAUUGAGGCAACUGUCUGAACCCAGACACGGUGAUAAAGCACUGCUUCCAGACUGUAGCUGAUUAUGAAAGUGCACUUUUCUUCCCCAUAUACAUCUCAUUACUGAGGGUUUUCUAAGAGCAAUAAAAGAGGGAAGAAACACAUCAGCUGUGUUUUAGUAGAAAAAAGAAUGAGUGUAAACUGUUCUGAUUGUUACUGCUGAGUUCGAUGCUGCAGGUCUAUUUAAAACCACUGAUGGGACUAGAAAGAAAAAGAAACUCAUUCUUCCACCCUCUACUGCUGAUCCUGUUAUUGGCCACAGGUACGUUACACCUUCAUAUAUUUUUUACCUGGACCAGAGUCCAGUGGAAAAACAAUUGAAGUGCACAAACAACGGCGAACUGAACAAGGAUGCAUUGUAUCAUAAAUGUGGAAACUUCCUCUUUAUUUUGUUUUUUGUUUUUAUUUGGUCUUUUUACCUCUCACAUAUUUUAUAGACAAUAGAAGAAUGUGAAGGCUGUAUAUACGAGUUAAAUCUUCGUCACUGUAAUCUCUGUGCCAUUGGUGUAACAACUGAAAAAUAUUCAUGUCUAAAGUCUGGCUUGACUUUAAAGACAGAAUAAACGCUCUAAAAUGGUUUUAAAUCA